CUCCUACCCAUCUCAUUUUUCUUUGGAGGCGUGGGAGAGAAAAUCGACUUGACAUCGACCCUUGCUUGUCAGAAGUGAACGGCCAUCUGACUGUUCAGACGAUUUCGCUGAAAGGGAGUUUUACGUAACUGUUGUUUGCCAAGAGACAAUCCACCUUACAAAAGCGUGACCAACUGCCUCAAGUGCGCAAAACGGACCAGGUGUACAGGGGAAGAGAAAGGACAGCUCUGAACGCUGUGAGCCAUGAAGAUGCUGUUAGCUCUGGCUGCUCUGCAGCUGUUCCUUACUCCUGUUCUUCUGACCCCCAGCGGAGACUACUGGGGAGAGUGGGCACCUUUUGGGGCAUGCAGCCGCACCUGCGGAGGUGGCGUCAUGGUGAGGACGAGGAAGUGCAAUACUCAGAGGACUGAUGGCGGAAGCAACUGUGUUGGCCCAGCAAAGUCCUACCGCAUGUGCAACGUGAAGGAUUGCCCUGAGGGCGCCAGAGAUUUCCGAGAGGAGCAGUGUUCCCAGUUUGAUGGCGCAGAAUUCCAGGGAAAACAUUACAAGUGGAUGGCAUACUAUGGAGCUGAGAAUCCGUGUGAGCUGAACUGUAUUCCGAGAGGAGAGAACUUCUUUUACCGCCACCGGGCUGCAGUAGUGGACGGCACUCAGUGCCACCCUGGCAGGAAGGACAUCUGUGUGGAGGGGGUCUGUAAGCGUCUGGGCUGUGACAACCGCCUGGAGUCCACUCAACAGGAGGACCCAUGCCUGCAGUGCGGAGGGAACGGACAGUCCUGCUACCUGGUCAAGAACACUUUCUCCCAGAGGGACCUGCCCACAGGCUACAAUAGGAUGUUCACCAUCCCCGCUGGAGCCACCACCAUUCGCAUUCGAGAGACUGUGGCCUCACGUAACUACUUGGCUAUCAAGAACCUCCGUGGCGAGUACUACCUGAAUGGACACUGGGUUAUUGAGUUCUCCCGUGCCACCCCCAUCGCUGGCACCAUGCUGUACUAUCAGAGGGGAGCCGAGGGUGACGUGGUCCCUGAGACCAUUAUCGGCCGUGGACCCACCACUGAGCCACUUGUUGUGGAGCUUAUCAGCCAGGAGCCAAACCAAGGAGUAGAGUACGAGUACUACCUGCCCCAUGGCCGCUCCAGGGAGGGAUAUUAUUGGAGCCAUGGAUCAUGGUCUCCCUGCAGCAGAGACUGUGGAUCAGGAUACCAGACUCGUCAUGUCUUCUGUGCCAUUGACACAGAGGUGUUCUCAGACCACUUGUGUGCUGCUCUCCCUCGUCCCACCAGCAACCGCACCUGUAACACACAGCAAUGUCCACAAGUCCGCAGGAUGACGUAUCUGUACAAGCCACAAAUGUGGAGGCCGAUGGACAGGCCACAAGUAUAUGUUUAUGUGUUCAGCUGGAAGCUGGGUGAGUGGAACCAGUGCUCGGUGACGUGCGGUGGGGGCUCUCAGGUGCGCUCGGUGGAGUGUAUUUCCCAUGAUGCCUCUGGCCCCCGCGUGGUGGAGGACGCCCAGUGCGAGUCAUACGCCCAGCGUCCGGUCAGCCAGCAGAUCUGUAAUGCUCAGCAGUGUGCGGACUACACCUCCUCUGCCUGGAGCCAGUGCUCGGUGACAUGUGGACUGGGAGAGCAGACACGUGAUGUGGUGUGUGUGGGCAGCGGUGGGGUCCAGCUCGGAGACCAUGCCUGCAGGGCCCUCCUUAGACCCCCCCACGUCCAGUCCUGUCAGAUGCCAGCCUGCCCACGGCACAUCCGCUGGCACGUUGGAGACUGGGGCCUGUGCUCUAAGAGUUGUGGCUCGGGGCUACGUGAGAGGCAGGUGAUCUGCUCUGACAGUCAGAGGAACUUGUACGGGGUGGAGAACUGCAGCGCCCAUCCCAAACCCCCCACGGUAGACAACUGCAACAGGCAGCCCUGCUACAGCCCUCAGGAGGUACCCAGCAUGCAGGAUCCCAGAGGCCACGACAACACAAUCCACGGAUUCCAGCCCUUCGUUCCAGAGGAUCCUACUCCAGUGAUCAGGCCUGAUGCUGUCGAUCCCACAAACACAGUCGUUGACCCCCAUAGCUCAGCCGUCGCUCGGCACUGCAGCCAGACUCGGUACGGCUGCUGCCCAGAUGGACGCACCUCCGCCCGGGGCCCCAGAGGACAGGGCUGUCACCGGGACCAGUCCUGCUCGGUCAGCAGUUAUGGCUGCUGUCGUGAUGGAGUGACCGCUGCUCAAGGGCCCUACAGACAGGGCUGUCCUGAGGACACUCCUGCUCCCCCUACAGUCGCUAGCCCAACUGCAAGCUGCAAGACUUCCACAUACGGUUGCUGCUUUGAUGGAGUUCAUCAGGCUGGAGGUCUCUAUGGAGAGGGCUGUCCCAACCCCCCCAGCAGCACUGCACGUUCGAGUAGCUGCUUCCUGCCUCACUCUGUGGGUCCCUGCGCCGAGUGGACCGCGCGCUACUACUACGACGACGCCCAAGGACGCUGCGUCCACUUCUGGUACGGCGGUUGCCACGGCAACAGCAACAAGUUCCUGUCGCGCCAGGAAUGCCAGAGCUUCUGCCAGCAGGAGACGACGCCCGCGAGAGGAGGCAGCGGCAGCAGUGGACGCACGCGGGACAUGAGCCACGUGUUCACCGUCCCCACGCGCAGUUCAGGCGGCGCCGCCGCGGGGUCCAGUAACCCCGACGGCCCCGUCCGCUUCGGCUCCAGCGCUGCCACCAGUGCCUACCGCGCCCGGCUGCACAUGCGAGGCCGCCGCCCCGCCGCCACACACGAUGCCCGCUGCCAGGUAAGAGAGCCGACAUCACUCGAUGUGGGUGUGAGUAUUGACAAGUCGGACCCCUCUACGGUGGAGGGGCUGGUUGGCCAGCAGGUGGUGUUGCCCUGUAGGGUCACCCCUCCACCCUCCUCCACUGUAGUGGUCGAAUGGAAACGAGAUGGAACACCCCUGAAUCCCUCCAGGCAUGUCCAGCAGCCCAACGGCUCCCUCCUGGUGGGCCCCCUCAGAGUGGAAGACUCGGGCUGGUUGCUGUGCUUGGCCACGCGGGACCGUGAGCGCGACCACCGCUACAUCUACCUGUCCGUCUCAGCGGCAUCCCAUCUCGAUGGAGCCGACAGGCCCGAGACGGAGGAGAACCGUCAGCAAUUUCCCAGGUUCAGUAUUGACCAUUCGGCGUCGUCACUGGUGGAGGCUCGCGCCGGGCAGACAGCCAGAUUGACAUGCACGAUCACUCCUGCCUCUGCCAUCCCUACGGUCACCCUGCAGUGGACCAAAGCAGGCCAACCACUCAGCACUAUCAGGCAUUCCCAGCACUCUGAUGGCACUCUGAUGAUUAGUCAGCUGGUGUCGGAAGACUCAGGUGUGUACACCUGCUCUGCCUCCACCACUCAGCAGCUGGAGGAGCGACACAUCCAGCUCCGAGUCCUGGGUGACCCCAGAAUCACCACAGCUCCCAACAAUGUGCAAGUGGUCCAGGGGAGUACAGCCCAGCUCCCAUGUGUGGUGACCGGAGACAACGUCAACAUAGGCUGGUCUAGGAAUGGUGUGCCCGUGAGGCCAGAUGGACGCUAUGUCCAGGUGUCAUCAGAUGGUACUCUGAUCCUCAAUAACGUGCAGCCGUCAGACGAGGGCACCUACACCUGUAAUGCCUACACCGGCACCUUCUCUGUCAGCGCUACAGCUGAAGUGCGGGUCAUCAAGUCCCCGCUACACGAUGAAAACCGGAAUGCAGGGAUACCUGGCGACUGUGUGGAUCAGCCUGAGUUGGCCAACUGUAAGCUGAUCGUCUAUGCCCGCCUGUGCUCCAGUCAGUACUACUCAAGCUUCUGCUGUGCCAGCUGCACCCGCUACAACCAAGGGCUGGACAGGUUUGGGCAGAUUGGGUAGGGAGGAGGCUGGCACGGACCCAGUGUACCACUCAAGCCCCAGGACUGAGAUGAACUUCCUCCUCCUCCAGACCUCCACCCUUGGAGCCGCUGCACACGAGGAGCUCCACCACACUGCUGUGCACAUGUACAAAGGGAUUUAUCCAUGUGUUUGUUUGUUUUGUUUUUUUUGUACAAAAGGCGUAAUGACUGCAUAUGAUAUUUAUCUUGUGAAAACAAAAAUACUACAGAGAAUGUUUUCUUUUUUUUGUCAUUGUUCAGGGAUAAUCUGUUGGUGAAUAUUUGCCUGGUGCUUUUUCCAGACAUUUAUGGUUCACUGAAAUUAGAUGUUUUUUUAAUGUCACUGUAUUUGGUGAAUGCCUUCAAAGUGUGAAUGUAUGAGUCUACUGUAGGAGCGAUAUGAUGGGCGGUAGACAUCGUUUGAAUAUGUUCCCAGACUGACCACGUUGGUUUGUUUAUAUGGAUGAUGAAUGUGCACCAGAUUUGCUGGUUUCAACCCCAAAGGUAAAAUAUGGGAAUACAGCACGAGGUGUUCUCAUGGUGAUGCACUUAAUCCCACCGAAUAACAAAUUGGGUCACAAUUCAUCCCCUUAUUUUCCCUGUCAUUUGGUGAAGGCAACAGAUUGCACCCUUGUCCAUGUCCUCGUCAUUUAAUUUUCACACACACACACAUUGUCACACACAGCAGCUUUGUACCUAGGAAGGAUGUUGCUGAUUUUUAAGAGUCUGUAACCAAGUACUCACAUGACAUUUUGUAAUAUGAUAAUAUUUUUGAAGAUUCUUCUUUAUACUACUAAGACAAUGCAACACAAAAAUGCAACAUAUUCCGAUGACAUUCAGAUGUUCAUUUGCUGACUAAAUGUCAGACUGAUGGCCUGAUGACCAUAACUCGAAGCAACACUGCCAUCUGCUGUGCAUCUGACAGUUUUUAAGGUGUGUUUAACAUGAACCGAAAGACUGCAUGAAAUGCCUCAGCUUCUCCUGCUGAACUGCCCAUAACUGUGUCUAAAAGCACAGCGUAGAGAUAGUCAAUAUAUUAGCAUAGAACUUGCAGUCACAGGUGGGGCAAAGGUGCAGCUCUGUAUAAAUCAAUAAUAGAAAUAUAUAUAUCUAUGUAAACUUAAAAAAAAAAAAUCAAAUGACACACAUGUAUGGACAUUUUCUA